AGCAAUGAAGUUCGUUCUAAGCUUUUCAAUCAUAUUUUUAACACUUGAACCAACUGUGUUCGGUGAUGGAGGCGGUGGUGCGAGAGUCUACAGGGGAUAUCCAAAAGAUAUCUCUGACGCUCCUUGGAUGGUCUACGUUCGCUACAUGACAUAUACCUCGUAUGGUGUUCGAAUCGACUAUCUUUGUGGUGGAACCAUCGUUAAUAAAAUGUACAUACUAACUGCCGGACAUUGUGUAACUGACAAAGUUCAGGGUGCAUACAAAAAGAGAAAAGCUUCGCUAUAUGAAAUUCGAGUUGGCUCAACGUACUUUAACGAAGGAGGAAGUAUUUACAAGGUGGCCCAAGUAUAUCCUCAUCCACGAUAUACUCCAGCUUCACCCGCUCAUGAUAUGGGACUUUUAAAACUUACAAAGAACAUUCGAUACAACAAAAAAACCGUGCAGAACAUUCAACUUGAUAGUUCCAAUGGAACAUAUAGAUCGGGAGAAGAUGUGUCGAGUAUGGGAUGGGGACAAAAUCCGGAGAAUCCUCAUGCAGCAGAACUGUAUGAAGUUAACUUGAAUAUUGUGGACUCAGCUGAGUGUGCUAGAGCAUGGGGCGGUUCGGAGAGUGAAUAUAGCAAACAUGAAAUUUGCGCCCUAGGACCUAAAAAUGCUGACGUAUGCCAGGGAGAUAGCGGUGGUCCACUUAUUUAUGGAGAAAAUAACCAACAAAUUGGAGUGGUUUCAUUUGGGGCAACAUGCGCUCAAAACGAUAAUAGCUUACCCGGCGCUUAUGCUAAAAUUGCUGACAAUUUGGGUUGGAUCAACGGUGUAAUUUCCGGAAAGAAGCAGGAACACGAUGAAGAUGAUUGCUAACCAUGAAAUUGAAAUUAUAAUUCAUUCUGC